AGGGACUGGCUGCAGGACUGGCUGCAGGACUGGCAUAGGGACUGGCACCGGGACUGGCACCAGGACCGUUCCCCUCGCCCAGCCGGUGCAGCCGGAGCUCUCCAGCCGGCCCCAUGGCCUACAGUCAGGGAGGCGGCAAGAAGAAAGUCUGCUACUACUACGACGGUGAUAUUGGAAAUUACUAUUAUGGCCAGGGUCAUCCCAUGAAACCCCACCGGAUCCGCAUGACCCACAACUUGUUGCUCAACUAUGGCCUGUACAGAAAAAUGGAAAUUUAUAGACCCCAUAAGGCCACAGCUGAAGAAAUGACCAAAUACCACAGUGAUGAAUACAUCAAAUUUCUGCGCUCGAUAAGACCAGACAACAUGUCCGAGUAUAGUAAACAGAUGCAGAGAUUCAACGUUGGAGAAGAUUGUCCUGUGUUUGAUGGGCUGUUCGAAUUCUGCCAGUUGUCAACCGGAGGGUCUGUAGCUGGGGCGGUGAAAUUAAACCGUCAGCAGACUGACAUGGCUGUUAACUGGGCUGGAGGUCUCCAUCAUGCUAAGAAGUCGGAGGCAUCAGGUUUCUGUUACGUGAAUGAUAUUGUGCUUGCCAUCCUGGAAUUACUGAAAUACCAUCAAAGAGUGUUAUACAUUGAUAUCGACAUCCAUCAUGGGGAUGGUGUUGAAGAAGCAUUUUAUACAACAGAUAGGGUUAUGACAGUAUCAUUCCAUAAGUAUGGUGAAUACUUCCCUGGUACCGGAGACUUAAGGGAUAUUGGUGCGGGAAAAGGAAAGUACUAUGCCGUCAACUUUCCGAUGAGAGAUGGUAUAGAUGAUGAGUCUUAUGGACAGAUAUUCAAACCAAUAAUAUCAAAAGUGAUGGAGAUGUAUCAGCCUAGUGCUGUAGUAUUGCAGUGUGGAGCAGAUUCAUUGUCGGGCGACAGGCUUGGAUGUUUCAAUCUAACUGUCAAAGGCCAUGCAAAAUGUGUGGAAGUUGUAAAGACCUUCAACUUACCUCUGCUGAUGCUUGGAGGAGGUGGCUAUACAAUCCGCAAUGUUGCUAGAUGCUGGACAUAUGAAACUGCUGUUGCCUUAGAUUGUGAAAUUCCUAAUGAGUUGCCAUAUAAUGAUUACUUCGAGUAUUUUGGACCUGACUUCAAGCUGCAUAUUAGUCCCUCAAAUAUGACAAACCAGAACACCCCAGAAUAUAUGGAGAAGAUCAAACAGCGUUUGUUUGAGAACCUGCGUAUGUUGCCUCAUGCCCCCGGGGUGCAGAUGCAAGCUAUUCCUGAGGAUGCAGUCCACGAAGACAGUGGAGAUGAAGAUGGAGAAGAUCCAGACAAGAGAAUUUCCAUUAGGGCAUCUGACAAACGGAUAGCUUGUGAUGAAGAAUUCUCCGACUCCGAGGAUGAAGGGGAAGGAGGGCGUCGGAAUGUGGCUGAUCACAAGAAAGGAGCAAAGAAAGCCAGAAUAGAAGAAGACAAGAAAGAAACAGAGGACAAGAAAGCAGAUGUUAAGGAGGAAGACAAAUCCAAGGAUAGCAGUGGUGAAAAGACAGACACCAAAGGUUGUAUCGUGAGUUUCUAAUUAUGAAGUCGAAAGUCCUUUCUCCACCACGCUCUACGUGAUAGUAUUUAAAAUGGAUGAGUUACGUUAUGUCUAAAAAAGGAUCUAAUAAGUAAUUUGCCUUUCUGAGCUGAUUUUACCUCUUUUGUAAUUAUCUUUAUUAAAAAAAAUAAAACUGCACUUG